GUUGCCGGUGGCCGCCCCGGGAACAAGGACCGGAGCUGGAUGCGAGGUGUAGCUGCGGGGGUCAGCAUUGAUAAUAGUGCUGUGCUGCAGAAGAGUGGAGUCUAAACUUUUUCACUGCCAGUACCCCGAAACUGGAGCGUAAAGGGCUGAGACAAGAUGAAGACUGUGCUCAUGGUUGCCGAAAAGCCGUCCUUGGCACAGUCAAUUGCCAAAAUCCUCUCUAGAGGGAGCCUGUCCUCACAUAAAGGGCUGAACGGGGCCUGUUCGGUCCACGAGUACACUGGGACCUUUGCUGGCCAGCCAGUGCGCUUCAAGAUGACGUCUGUAUGUGGUCACGUGAUGACCCUGGAUUUCCUGGGAAAAUACAACAAAUGGGACAAGGUGGACCCCGCAGAACUGUUCAGCCAAGCUCCCACGGAGAAGAAAGAAGCUAACCCCAAGCUGAACAUGGUGAAGUUCCUGCAGGUGGAGGGCAGAGGCUGCGACUACAUCGUGCUGUGGCUGGACUGCGACAAGGAAGGGGAGAACAUCUGCUUUGAGAAAUGAAGCCACUUAUUCCCAGUAAGGAAGCUGCGUGGCCAGGCUCCGGCGGCGACCCUAGUCCCACUGCACCGCCUUCCUAGUUCUUGAUGCUGUUCUGCCUGUCAUGAACAAGGCCCAUGGUGGUGAGAAGACCGUGUUCCGGGCCAGGUUUAGCUCUAUCACGGACACAGACAUCUGUAAUGCCAUGGCCUGCCUGGGCGAGCCUGACCACAACGAGGCGCUCUCAGUGGAUGCUCGCCAGGAACUGGACCUGCGAAUCGGCUGUGCAUUCACCAGGUUUCAGACUAAAUAUUUCCAGGGGAAAUACGGUGAUUUAGACAGCUCUCUUAUCUCCUUUGGGCCGUGUCAGACUCCAACCCUGGGAUUCUGUGUGGAGAGACAUGAUAAAAUCCAGUCCUUCAAACCAGAGACCUACUGGGUGCUGCAGGCCAAGGUUAACACUGACAAAGACAGAUCUCUCCUUUUGGACUGGGACCGAGUAAGAGUGUUCGACCGGGAGAUUGCACAGAUGUUUUUAAACAUGACAAAGCUGGAGAAGGAAGCCCAGGUGGAGGCCACAAGCAGGAAAGAAAAGGCCAAGCAGAGGCCCCUGGCCCUGAACACCGUGGAGAUGCUGCGUGUGGCCAGCUCUUCUCUGGGCAUGGGACCGCAGCACGCCAUGCAGACAGCCGAGCGGCUCUACACGCAAGGCUACAUCAGCUACCCACGGACAGAGACCACCCACUACCCUGAGAACUUUGACCUGAAGGGCUCUCUGCGGCAGCAGGCCAACCACCCCUACUGGGCUGACACGGUGAAGCGGUUGUUAGCGGAAGGUAUCAACCGCCCGAGGAAAGGCCACGACGCUGGUGACCAUCCCCCCAUCACCCCCAUGAAGUCUGCUACAGAGGCCGAAUUAGGGGGUGACGCGUGGCGGCUCUAUGAGUACAUCACCAGACACUUCAUCGCCACGGUCAGCCAUGACUGCAAGUACCUGCAGAGCACCAUCUCCUUCAGGAUCGGGCCCGAGCUCUUCACCUGCUCCGGGAAGACCGUCCUCUCCCCAGGCUUCACAGAGAUCAUGCCCUGGCAGAGCGUGCCCUUGGAGGAGAGCCUGCCCACUUGCCAGCGGGGCGACACCUUCCCUGUGGGCGAGGUGAAGAUGCUGGAGAAGCAGACGAGCCCGCCCGACUAUCUGACAGAGGCUGAGCUCAUCACGCUCAUGGAGAAGCAUGGCAUCGGCACAGAUGCCAGCAUCCCUGUGCAUAUCAACAACAUCUGCCAGCGCAACUACGUCACCGUGGAGAGUGGGCGCCGGCUCAAGCCCACCAACCUCGGCAUCGUCCUGGUGCACGGCUACUACAAGAUUGAUGCAGAGCUGGUGCUCCCCACCAUCCGCAGUGCAGUGGAGAAGCAGCUGAACCUGAUCGCCCAGGGCAAGGCCGACUACCGCCAGGUCCUGGGCCAUACCCUGGACGUGUUCAAGAGGAAGUUCCACUACUUUGUCGACUCCAUUGCUGGCAUGGAUGAGUUAAUGGAGGUGUCUUUCUCGCCACUGGCGGCCACAGGCAAGCCCCUCUCACGCUGUGGGAAGUGCCACCGCUUCAUGAAGUACAUCCAGGCCAAGCCAAGCCGCCUGCACUGCUCCCACUGCGAUGAGACCUACACACUCCCCCAGAACGGCACCAUCAAGCUCUACAAGGAGCUCCGCUGCCCUCUGGAUGACUUCGAGCUGGUCCUGUGGUCAUCAGGCUCUCGAGGCAAGAGCUACCCACUGUGCCCCUACUGCUACAACCACCCACCCUUCCGAGACAUGAAGAAAGGCAUGGGCUGCAACGAGUGUACGCACCCCUCCUGCCAGCACUCGCUGAGCAUGCUGGGCAUCGGCCAGUGCGUGGAAUGCGAGAGCGGCGUGCUGGUGCUGGACCCCACCUCGGGCCCCAAGUGGAGGGUGGCCUGCAACAAGUGCAGCGUGGUAGCGCACUGCUUCGAGAACGCCCAUCGCGUGCGGGUGUCUGCCGACACCUGCAGUGUCUGUGAGGCCGCCUUGCUUGACGUGGACUUCAACAAGGCCAAGUCCCCACUCCCGGGCGACGAGACGCAGCACAUGGGCUGUGUCUUCUGUGACCCCGUCUUCCAGGAGCUGGUGGAGCUGAAGCAUGCAGCCUCCUGCCACCCCAUGCACCGUGGUGGGCCAGGGAGAAGGCAGGGUCGAGGGCGGGGCCGGGCCAGGAGGCCCCCUGGGAAGCCCAACCCCAGACGGCCCAAGGACAAGAUGUCAGCCCUGGCCGCCUACUUUGUAUGAUGGCCCUGUCCUCCCUCACCCAGGCUGUAUGUAGUGCCAUGCAGACACCUCAUGGCACUUCAAACUAUUAAAAUGCAUUUUAUCUU